AGUGUGUUAAAUGUCCAGCAGGAUUUUACUGUGCUGGCUCACUGGAUGCUGACACUGGGCAUGUGUCUGGGACUCACACUCCCAUGCUGUGUCCUAAAGGACAUUAUUGCCCACCAGGAACGCAGUCUGGUUUAGCAUUCCCAUGCCCAGCUGGUGCCUUCAGCAGGCAGAUGGGGUUGUCCAAUAAGUCGGGCUGUGAGCUCUGCCCUCCAGGGAGAUAUUGCAGUUCCUCUGGACUAGCUGCUCCCACUGGGGUCUGCUCUCCUGGUUACCUCUGUAUCCACGGUUCUGCUUCUGCCCAGCCAGAGGAGGGCCCAACAGGACGCCGCUGCUCUGCAGGGUCCUAUUGCCCCGAGGGUACCAGCUAUAUGGUUCCCUGCCCUGCAGGCACCUUUAGCUCCAUAGAGGGGGCAGUUUCUAUAGAUGUAUGUCAGUCUUGUUUGCCUGGCCAUUACUGUGCUAUGGUUGGCCUUUCCACCUCAUCUGGGCCCUGCAACCCAGGCUUCUACUGCACCGAGGGAUCCAACACAGCCACACCAUGGGUUACAGGAGAUACCGCAUUUCCAUUCCCACUCUCUGGUAAUUCAACCCUGGGUCAGUUCCAUGGCGAUGUGUGUCCUGCUGGCUACUAUUGUCCUAUAGGGAGUGCAAAGCCAACCCCCUGCCCUCCAGGUACUUUCUUGGGGAGAUCUGCGGCUGAGUCUGAAGCUGACUGUGAAGCUUGUUACCCGGGAUCUUACUGCCCCUCGUGGGCUCAGACCUCUGUCGACCUUCUCUGUCCCCCGGGAUGGUUCUGUCCACCAGGAUCAGUGUCUGGACAUCAGCCAGGAUGUCAGUGCCCACCUGGCCACGCGUGCCCACAUGGUAGUGCUGAGCCGGCCAUCUGUAGCCCUGGCACUUUUCAGUCUUCAUCUGGGCAGUCAGCUUGUAUCACCUGCCCAGCAGGUUUCUACUGUACAGAGGGUUCAUCUGUACCUUCCCCGUGUCCAGUGGGCAGUGUCAGUUCAUCACCCGGCAGAGCAUCCCUUACUGACUGCUCCACUUGCCCCUCUGGCUCCUUCUGUAACAGCAGCGCUCUGACAGAGCCGUCUGGAUCCUGCAGCCCAGGACAUUUUUGUUCCCCGGGGUCCACUGAACCUUCUCCUGUGUCCCGGACAUAUGGUGAUGUUUGUCCCAUGGGACACUUCUGUCCUCUGGGUAGUGGGUCACCAAAACGCUGUCCUGUUGGCAGCUUCCUCCCCGAGCCUGGAGCUUCCUCUCCCUCUCACUGCCACCCUUGUCCCCCAGGGAAAUACUGCAACAGUCCUGGAGGCUCACAGCCCACAGGUCUGUGUUUUGCAGGGUUCUUCUGUUCUGGUGGUGCCGAUAGCUCGACACCCCGAGCCAGCCCAUCUUUAUUCAGCUGUCUUUGUAAAAUACUGGAGCUUUAUGCCACAAAGACAGGCACCGCCUUCUGGAUGCACAACCUGUCCUGCCUCAAUAACUCCAGUAAUUCUGGGAGAGACACUAGCUGGAUCGAAGGGGUAACGGCACCACCGGCAGAUUCUGAACAUAUCGUGACUCAUCCACCGCCUUUUGUCAGGAGCCCACAUUAUGUAUGCUCCACCUACAGAGGAGAUAUAUGCCCCAGGGGUUUUUAUUGUCCCUCGGGCUCUGCCUAUCCCCAGCCCUGUGAGGCUGGCUCUUACUGUAACCAGACUGGUCUGGAUGCCCCAGCUGGGCCCUGUGCUGCAGGAUAUCACUGCCCUACAGGUUCUCUAGACCCCCAUGCUACCCCUUGCUCCACUGGACACUACUGCCCUCUUGGAACUCCUCUUCCUCUGCCCUGCCCUGUUGGAACCAUAAAAAGUUCCCUUGGUGGAUCUACAGUUGAGGAUUGCCAGCUGUGUCCUCCGGGUCACUACUGCAACCAGAGUGGAAAAGCUGAGCCAAGUGGUCAGUGUGCAAAAGGCUACUACUGUCCUGAGGGACAGAGCUCUGAGCGACCACAACAACAUGUCUGCUCAGUGGGACAUUACUGUGAGAAGGGGAGUGUCAGACAGACAGCCUGCCUUCCCGGGAGCUACCAGCUCAGACAAGGCCAGAGCAGCUGCGAGACUUGCCCUGCUGGUUUCUAUUGUCAAGAUCAAGGAAUGACUCUUCCACUUCCAUGUGAGGGAGGAUUUUAUUGUCCCAACGGAUCAGCAAAUCAACAUCCCUGUCCAGCAGGGACCUAUGUUAACAUGUCAGGACUGGUUGAGGAAUGGCAGUGUUCACAGUGUGACCCUGGGAUGUACUGUAAAGGAACAGGGAGGACCUUCCCCAGUGGGCCUUGUGCUGCAGGGUUUGUUUGUGUUGGAGGAGCAUCUGAACCUUCACCACUAGACAGUCUAAGUGGAUUUCUGUGCCCACCUGGCUUCUUCUGCCCUGUGGGGACCUCGGUACCAAAACCGUGCCCAAAAGGAAUGUUCAGUGAGCAGAGCGGGCUUAUGGACGAGUCCCAGUGUCGUAGCUGCAGUCCUGGCUUCUACUGUUCAGAGACCGGCCUCUCUGCAGUCUCUGGACCAUGCCUGGCAGGUUACUACUGUCUGGAGGGAUCCCAGACGGCUACUCCAAUGUCAAGCGCAUCUGGGGAUGUUUGUCCCGCAGGCUACUACUGUGUAGAGGGCAGUCAUGUACCCACACCCUGCCCAGUUGGCUCUUACCAAAAUGAGACUGGAGGGAAAGGCACAGAUGACUGCAAACCAUGCCCUAUUGGCUCGUUCCAGGACUUAUCAGGCCAAAGAGAGUGUAAUCCCUGUCCUCCUGGCUUCCACUGCCUGAGUCCCAGCCAUAGCAGGCCUCUUCCCUGCCCAGCUGGCUACAUCUGCCCCAGGAAUAGUCCAGACAGUCAGCCUCUCCCCUGCCCCAAGGGUACCUACAGCCCCAAUCAGGGUCUCACCAACACAGGUGAAUGCUUGGUGUGCCCAGCAGGUCAGUUUUGUGGGUCUGAAGGUUUGGUUGAGCCUUCAGGAGCGUGUGCUGCUGGAUUUCUUUGUCUGAUGGGUGCCACAGUGCCGAACCCAACUGAUAACAGAACUGGAUCUCUGUGUCCACCUGGGAUUUUCUGUCAACAGGGACUAAGAGCAGGUGAUUGCUGGACAGGGUUUUAUUGUGACUGGGGAUCUAGCAGAGCAGAUGAGGCUCUGUGCCCACCUGGGUUCUUCUGCCCCAGUGGAACACGAGUGCCCAUGCCUUGCCCUGCAGGAACAUUCAACUCUGAAAUGGGCAACACACAUCAAGACAACUGCACCACCUGCACCCCUGGAUACUACUGUCAAGUUGAAGGUACUGUGCAGCCUGCACUGUGUCCCGUCGGAUAUUACUGUCCUCCAGGACUGAUUCUAGGACUGGAGUUUCCUUGCCCACCUGGCACUGUGCAGAGCCAGCUCGGAGCCUCCAGCCCUGAGGCCUGCCUGCUCUGUCCCGCUGGAAUGUUUUGCUCUCAGCCUGCUCUGUCCCAGCCAACCGGACUCUGUGAGGCUGGAUACUACUGUCCUGCUGGAUCAACCAGCCCUAACUCUACUGAGUAUCAGGGGAAUUCUACCAAAAGCUAUCUUUGUCCUUCUGGCCACUACUGCCCCUCUGGCACUGGUUAUCCACUCCACUGCCCUACAGGCUCUCUUUCUAUCUCUCGAGGACUGAAAGAAGAUGAUGAAUGCCCACCUUGCCCCCCUGGACUGUUCUGUGACAGGCCUGCAAUAGCAGAGCUCUCAGAUGCUCUCCCGUGUAAUGCCGGGUAUGUGUGCUUGGGUGGCAGCUCCAGUCCCACCCCGUCUGAUGGUUCUCAUGGCUACCUCUGCCCCGCUGGCCAUAGCUGUCCUGUUGGCUCAGUAAGUGAGAUCCCAUGCGAGCCUGGCACUUACAAUCCUGCCCCUGGAGCAGCCCGCUGCAUAACAUGCCCUAAAGGGACCGUGUGUUCUUCCACAGCCACUCAAGAGCCCUCUAUCUGCCCAGCUGGUCAUUUUUGUCCUGCUGGGACAGCCCUGUCUCAGCCAUGUCCUUUAGGCACUUUCAGCAAUCAGACAGGAGCCCACUCUCUUUCUGUCUGCACACCCUGUCCUUCUGGAGUGUACUGUAGCUCACAUGGAGCCUCUACACCACAAGGUUCUUGUUUGCAAGGUUAUUUCUGUCAAGGUGGAGCCACGGAGCCAACCCCGCAGAGCUCCGACAACUUCCCCAGGAAUGGCCCUUGCCCAGUGGGUCACUACUGUCCAACAGGGGGCCUCUUCCCAAUUCCAUGCCCUCUUGGCAGUAUUCGCAACACCACUGGAGGUAUAUCCAUGGAGAGCUGCUCUGCAUGUCCUGCAGGUCACUACUGCUCCACUGAGGGUCUGGCCAAACCCAGUGGCCCCUGUGCUGCUGGUUUUUACUGUCCUUUCGACUUCUCUUCAACCACUCCAUACGCCUUCCUCUGUCCCAAGGGCCACUACUGUUCAGAAGGCUCUCCUCUGGCCCUACCUUGUCCCACAGGAGAGUACCAGCCGAACCCAGGUUCAGAUAGCUGCAUCCCAUGCCGACCUGGAUUCUACUGCGAGGAGGCCAUAGUGGGAGACCCAUGGCCCUGCCCACCACACUCAUUCUGCCCUGCAGGCACAAUGGUGCCUCAUCCCUGCCCUAAUGGGACAUACACUCAUUCAAACCAGGGAGGGCUACAAGAGGAGAGGGAGUGUUUACCCUGCCCUCCAGGGAAGUUCUGCAGGGCUGGUAGGAUACAGGGAGAAUGUGCUGCAGGCUAUCUUUGUGUUUCUGGGAGUGCAGAUUUCACCCCUCAGGGACCCAUGUCUAACUUGACCCAGUGCCAGUGGGGCAUGCAGUGUGCUGGACCAUGUCCAUCAGGUUUCUACUGUCCAAUGGGCACAGAGGAGGCUGAGUUGUGUCCUGCAAACACUUUCAGAAACUCCCCAGGAGGUGCCGGCCUACAGGACUGCCUACCCUGCCCACCUCAAUACUGGUGUCAACCUGGAGAGCCAGCCCUUCAUCUGUGUCCUGUUGGUCAUUACUGUGAUGGUCUGCCUGGCAGUGACUUUGGUGGAGGAACAGGACCCAGACCAUGUCCUCUGUACACCUAUCAACCUUACCCUGGAGCAGGCAGCAAGGGUGACUGCCUGCCCUGCCCUCCUGGUUCACACUGUAACACCAUAGGGCUUACAGACUACUCCAACAGUCCCUGCCCACCCGGUUUUUGGUGCAGUGGGACUGGACCCCCCAUCCUCUGCCCUGCAGGCACUAUGAGACCUCUUCCUGGAGCUACUGCACCCAGCCAAUGUGAACCAUGUGAAGGGGGAACCUUUUGUCCAGAUCCUCGGGAUACAGGGCAGCCCAAUUUGAAGGGGAUCCCCUGCAGGGCCUCUUAUCAGUGUCCCAUUGGUGCAGUCUCAGAGAGGCUGUGCAGGGCGGGCUCUUACUGUGGACCUCAGACUGCUGAGCCUCAAGUCUGCCCUGAAGGUUAUAUCUGUCCUGAGGGAUCACAUUCCUACCACACUCCUAAACAACUCUGUCCAUUUCCCUACUACUGCCCAGUCAACAGCUCUGCCAUGAAGUCCUGCGACGGGGGUUCCAUGCCUGUCAACACCAGCGGCCUCAGAGGAUCCAAAAGCAGUUGCUGUAGUGUGUGUGAAGGAGGAACCUAUCAUCCAUAUCUGUCCCACAGCCCAGAGUGCCUUCCAUGUCCGCCAGGAUACUUUUGCCCCCCAGGCUCAGACAACUACAAGAGUAACUCCUGUCCUCUGGGUCAUGUCUGUCCCACGGGAUCCACCCAACCAAUACCAUGCCCCCCCGGCACCUUUGGUAACCUCAAUAAUGCUAAGACAAUGAGUGACUGCCACCCAUGUCCAGCUGGCACCUUCAACCAUCUGUCUGCUCAAAAGGCCUGCUUUCCAUGUGGCAGCUCCUCUACGUCACCAGCGGGUUCUUCUUCUUGUACCUGCAUUGGUAAGAACCGUGCAUUCCAGCACUCGGAUGGCUCAUGUUUGUGCAGGACUGGUUUUAUCUUCUACAACGAGUUAGAUUUCAAAAGCUCUGCCUCCGACAGUGAAUUGGACUGCCAGCCUGAGGCGAACAGACGGUGUGCCGCAGGACAGGUACGUCUGGCAGCAUCCAGAGAGUGUGUGUCACCUUCCCUCCACUCCUGUAAUAUCACUUGUGGGCAACAUGGAGGAACUCUGGAUGUGGAGAUGGGCAUCUGCCAGUGUGAGCGGUAUGUUUCCGCUGAGGAGCUUUGCAACAUAUCCUGCCUUUCUAGACUGCCUCAACUCUCUGCCCAGUUUGCACCAGAUGGACACCUGCUGCUCAGCCUCAAAGAAAAAGACAGCAUGGUCUGGGCCAGAGCUGUGAUGAAUGUUUUAGGACCAGAUAUCCAUGCCAAGAGUAUUGGCAAAACCCAUUUUGUCCAAUUUGACUCUGAAGGAGUUUUUGGUUGGAUUCCCACACAGAGAGAGCUUGUCCAACAGUUUCUGUCAGAACCAAUAGAGCUCAUAAAUACAAGACCCAAAACAAGGAGAGACAAAGACAAUGAUGAUGAUGCCCACAUAGCUGUCCUUCCUCGGAUACCCAACCCAGUCACCUGUCUGUCUGCUGGUGACAUGCUCAUUUUCCAGCUCACCAUCAACCACACUGACCGCCAUCUCAGCCACUUCCCAGUGUAUCAGAAAGACCAUCUGUUUAACAGUAACCCCAGCUGGGACUUUGGUGCCUUCAGGCGUCUGCAGAUACUCAUGACACAGACAAACUUCAACUCAUCAAGGUUUGCCCAUGUGUUUUCAGAAACAGGGAAGUAUGUGUUUGUUGACAAUGCUGUCCCAGAGUGGAGUGUGGUGGUGGUGGUCACCGAGGAUGGGACAGAGUGUAACCCUCGGGCCUCCGUCUUCCAGCCCAUGACCCCAACACAGCUAGUCAAGUACGGCAUUAUCAAGCAGCACAGGCUCAACCUUCUACCUGACUGGGGACUUAUAGUAGGAAUCCUGAGUCUGCUGCUGGUUGUAGUUGUGGUUGUGACCACCACAGUGUUAGUUCUGCGACCCGGCAAAGCAAAACUUGUCUCUCAGUGGAGGGCCAAGCCAAAGUGGCGCAACCUUGGGGAGCCCUUCUGUCCAGUGGAUUGUGUUUGCAGCGGAGAAAGCAUUGCUGUCCCAAGUCUAGGUGGCUUCCUAGGCAGUAGGGGUGUAGGAGAGGGAGCAGAGGCUGAGGAGCCGGCCAUUUCAAAAGGAGGAAGUGUGUCAGGGUGCUGUGAUCUGGAGGAAUUCAAUGUGAAGACUCUGUACGACAAACUCGAAGAUCAGAACCUCCACAUUGCCUCACAACUAGCACGACACCGCAAAGACACACAGGAGUUUUAUAGAAACAUGUGUCAGCAGACUGAAACAAUCAAGAAUGUCUUUGAGAAUAUGGAUAACAAAAAACUGAGCCUUCUUAAGGAGCUGCUAGUGCAUAAUGCAAUGAGGGAUAAACCGACUAACAGCAGUGCAGAAGAGAAAGAUGCACAAGCUGAGGCCUCUAUAGUGUUACUGGGAGCUGUUCUCAGGUCAGUGGAAACUCUCUUAUGCAGACUGACAGGAGAAGUUUGGCCUCAUGAUGGCAGGGAAUGUGAGCAGCAAUCGGGAUACACGCACCCCGGUGACUCCAACAUGUACUACACACAGUAUUCAUCAAUGAACAUGACCAAAGCAGAGCACCUACAGAGCACAGCUCCUUGUCUAAGUGACCACGACCUCUCCAGGCUGGUCAGCAUCUCUCCUCUCUUUAAGACACUGCAGGAGAUCCAACUGUCUUUACAGGACCUUACUGCAGCUGACUCUAAUCAGCAUCUCCACAAUGCAGCUGCAGUGUAUUCUGUCCAGGAGAACCAUGAUGGGCAACUUAUCCCAACUGCGCUGGACAGCCUCUCGCCCCAACACUCUGCCAUUUUCCUGUUUGGUUGCCAGGUCAUCCAGUUGCUUGCAAACUGCCCCCUGUUCCCCUCUGUUGUUCUGUUGCUGGCCAAGUCAAUCCCUAUUUCUUCAUCUUCCUCUAAUGAGGCUCUGCUGGCACAUUGCGCAAGGGACUUUUAUUUUGAUGCAACCAAUCAAAUCCUUUAUCUGUCAGAGGCAAAGCUUCAACACGUGGGACAUUUCGUCGCUACUAUUCUGCAGUCCAUGGCCCACAUAGCAUCAGGAUCUAAACCCCAGAGCUUUGUACAAGCUCUCCAUGAGGCUAUUUCAGCUUUAAGCCUUCAGCUGUUCAAUUUUUCUUUUAAAUGGAACACAGCGGAGUCAAAAGUCGAUGCUUCAGAGAGGCAGCCAGGUGCAUUAGUCGAUGAAUUUCUCAACAUUAGAGUUCCAACCGAAGAACACUUCACUGAGCACAUAUUAGCGAGCAGACUUGAGAAAUACAAAUAUUUCAAGUUGGAGCAGCUCAUCGCAAACCUCAAACGGAGGGAGGACAUGGAAGCAGGUUCACAACCAAAGGGGACACCAAUGCAGAUAUCCUGUGUCGAGGAAGAAAUUGACCGCAUGAAUGAGUCUUUCUUGCAGCUGAGUGUGCAGCUACAGAAGAGAGCUCAAAUGAUUACACAACUAAAGGAGAGAGAGAACAGUGCUGGCAACCAUUCUGUGAGGGCAACACCAACAAGCAUGCCAAGCCUGAGUCGUAAUGGAACAAUCCUGCUGGAACUGAAGAGGAGGCAUGUAUCACAGCGCCUCAAUGAGCUCCAAAUCACAUUAGGCCAGAUGAGACGGUGCCAGCAGCAUGACAGCAAGUCAAAAGAUGGGACAAGAGGCUAUACUCAAACGGACAGCAGCACCACUCAGCAGGGGCAGAGGGAGCAUUAUGCUGGCGUAGAUGGCUGCAGUCGUGCUGAUGGCCAGAGGCAGGACAGUAUUCCAGCAAGCCAGAGUCACAGCCAACAAACUGCAGAGAGCAGUAACUGUAAACUGGAGAGUCAUAUUUCUGAUCAGCAGAGGGGUGACACUGUUCAGAUCAACAACCCUGACACACUACCAGACAGCCAGAUGCUAAACAGCCAAGAUCAGCUGCAUCUAAAUGUCCCAGGGAAGCACAAGCUAAACAGUCAGGUCACAAUAGAAAAUACAGCAGGACACACAGAUAUUGAUAACAUGUGAGGGCCUACUGAUCAGAAACUGGAUCUGAAUGUCGAUAAAUGCUGAGAAACGUGUGGUUUUUAUGUUGUUCUCUAUUGUCUCUGUUAUUUCUUUAUGUCUCCUGCAUGUUUGUACUUUUUCCAUCUCCGUUAUCGACGUACAGUAUAAUCUUUUCCUUUUUGUCAAGGAAUGAUCUUAAUGACCUCUGUCUUCAUUUGCACCACUUUUUAAAUAAUUUAGCCAUGUUCCUUUUAAUUAUCUGUGAUUCAGGACAGAAAUAAUACCUGGCAACAAGCAGCAGCGUGACACAAUUUGUCUUCUUGUCCAAAUAGUUUCUCAGUCAGGAGUUAAUACUUGCCUGUAAGACAGGCUCUGUUCAUUAUCAUAUUCUAAUUAAGAUAAUAAACUUCAGCCGAAUGAACACAA